AUGGAAAGGCCCUAUUCCUCUCCCUCUUCUUCUUCCUCAUCUAAUUCUAAACCUCCUCCAAAAAAGUAUGAUGUGUUCUUGAGUUUCCGUGGUGAAGACACUCGCAACAGCUUCACAUCGUUUCUCCUCCAUGCGUUGAAGGAAAAAGGAAUUCAUGAUACCUUCAUAGACGAUGAGCUCAAAAGUGGUAAAGAUAUUUCCGCAGAACUUCUUAAAACAAUAGAAGAGUCUAGUUGUUCAAUUAUCGUUCUCUCAACAAACUAUGCUAAUUCAACAUGGUGCUUGAAAGAAUUUGUCAAGAUUCUUGAUUGCAGGAACACCAUGGAGCAUAUUGUUUUACCAAUUUUUUUCCCUGUGGAACCAACUCAUGUGCAAAACAAGACUGGAACAUUUGAGGAAGCAUUUAAUGAACUCAAAGAAAUGAAGGAAAUGGAGAAAGCAAUAUUGACAGAAAAUGAAAGACAAAACAUCGAGAAAGAGCUGAAAAGAUGGGAAGAUUCGCUGACACAAGUUGGCGGAAUUUCUGGAUUCCCUUUGACUGAAAGGGAAAGAAUCUCUUUUUCUUUUUCUUAA